AAGAAAGAGGAGGAGGAGGAGAAGGAGAGUGGCCGUGACCGGUCUAACGCUCCAGUACAGUAGGGGAUAGUGUAUGCGCCUCGCCAAUACAAAUGUGAAGAAGAAGAAGAAGCAGUUCAGUCCAGUCCAGGUUCGGGAUGGUACUCAUAAAGGAAUACCAAGUGCUGUUGCCCUGUUCCGUUGAAGAGUACCAGGUCGGCCAGCUGUUCUCUGUUGCUGAGGCUAGCAAGAAUAACACUGGAGGAGGAGAGGGUAUUGAAGUGCUUCGAAAUGAACCAUAUGAAAAGGAUGGAGAGAAAGGCCAGUACACGCACAAGAUCUACCACAUACACAGCAAGGUACCCAGUUUCAUCCAGAUGUUUGCUCCAGAGGGAGCCCUGGUCUUCCACGAGAAAGCUUGGAAUGCCUACCCCUAUUGUCGCACCAUUGUGACCAAUGAAUACAUGAAGGAUGACUUUUUCAUUAAGAUUGAGACCUGGCACAAACCAGACAUGGGGACCACAGAAAAUCCCCAUGGUCUUUCCCCAGAGGAAUGGGAGGAGACUGAGGUUGUGCCAAUUGACAUUGCUGACCGAUCACAAGUUGAUGAUGUGGACUAUAAGCCAGAGGAAGACCCAGCCAUCUUCCAGUCCGAGAAAACUGGAAGAGGACCCCUGGGACCAGGAUGGAAGAAGGAGCUCCACAACAGUAACUGUCCCUAUAUGACUGCCUAUAAGCUUGUAACGGUGCAUUUCCGCUGGUGGGGGCUGCAGGGACGAGUGGAGAACUUUAUUCACAAGCAAGAGAAGCGCCUCUUCACGAACUUCCAUCGGCAGCUCUUCUGCUGGCUAGACCGUUGGGUGAACCUGACCAUGGAUGACAUCCGCCGGAUGGAGGAGGAGACAUGGAGAGAGCUGGACCAGAUGCGGAAUGAGGGAUCUGUCAGAGGAAUGAAAGCAGGAGAAGACUAGACAGAGGGAGGGAGAAGGAGAUGGAUGGACGAGAGGGAUAUGGGGCUAUGUUCAAUCAACCAUUAUUUUACCUUCAUUCCCCCCAUGGCCAAUCACAGCGUGCCACAUCACAGAGUCCUUCCACACAGGAAACUGUCAUCCUUCAUCCAGGAAGUGUCUAUAUGUGUACGUGAGUGUAUGGUUUCUAUGUGAGAAUGUGUAUGAGUGUGUAUCUUUGUCAUAGUUUUUGUCCUUGCUUUUCCGUUGGCUCUUAACCUCAAUAUUUGCUGCCAAAUUCGUUGGUUUUUACUGAAAAAUACUAUGCGAUAUCAACAUUUCUUUUUAUAUUAAGUAUUAUUACUUUUUUAAUUCAUUUUGCAACCAUUAGCUCAUUACUAUGUCAGUGAAUCCCAUAAAACCACUCCCACUAUUAAAGUCUGUGGUGCAUUUCUCCCAUUUACACAUGUAUCUCAAUUUUGAUGAUAACCAAUUAAUCACUUAUUUUAAUCAAUUUAUGCUACUUCAACUCUCAGCGGUAGCUUCACCUUGAAGAGAACCUGUGAGAUGGUCACCAUUUUUAAUGUAGACCUAGGAAAGUUCUCUUUGAGAUGAUUGAGUGGAUGACUGUGUCUUUUUAACUUGAGUGUAACAAGUGGAACCCCUCCCGCCUCUGCCCAGGCCACGCUUCCAAAGAGUUGGGUUGGCCAGAGAACUUUUGGAGAGUAAAGUCUGAUUUACAAUAAUAAUAAAGACCAAUAUUAACUAUCAUGAAGCAUGGGGGUACUGUAGAUAUGUUGGUAAUCCCAUAUUUUUCAGAGUCUGUUUUUCACCAUUCUUGGGUGUCAGCUUGACAUUUUGGUUUCACUUCUGGUCUCCUUCAAUUGAAGUUUGUUUUUCUUGCCAAAAUAUUGCCUGGCUCCUGGGAUUAAGCAAUUUAUGCUUUGCAGCUAAUGAUACGGACAUUGACAAGAUUUUAUGCCUUCUAGUUCUAUUUCAUCGAUUGGAUACAGCAAACUUAUAUUCAAUCGUACUGAUGUGUUGUUAUUCUAGAUAAAGAAUGUGAUACCACUGUAUUUGUGUAGAACUGAUAGCUAAGAAAAAAGUGUUUGAGGAAUUAAUACAGUAUGUCAGGUGUCAACAUAGGUCAAAUGGGACAACGUUCAUGUUUUACAGACACUGUACUUCUGUAGAGCAUGACACUGAUAUCUAAUCACAGCUAAGAAAGCUGCCUUAACUUGAACAAAGCGCUGUGUGUUAAAUUACAAUUGUUUCCAUUAAUAAUACAUUCAAUGCAUUUAAAUGCCAAGCAUGCCCCAGCAAUCUGUGGAAAACUUUGCUGUGUUGGCCCUUUCAUAGGCACAAUAGGGGCAAUGCCACACUUAGGGCUAGAUUAAAUUCAGACGACAGAAGAUCCACGUUAUAGUGCGAUAAUUAUAUAAUAUAUAAUUAUAAUUUAUGAUUGAGCCGACAUAUGCAACGUUUGCCGUGAAUGCAGUCUCUGCAAACGUGGCCUUUAAAUUUAAAUUAUGCCGUCUGAAUUGAAUCUAGGCCUCGAUUAAUCUACAAAAUGGACUGACAAAUGUAAAGCCUUUUAAUAAAGGAUUUAGACUGUG